CUCUCUCUCUCUCUCUCUCUCUCCCUCUUCCUCUCUCUCUCUCCCACACCGCCUUUCACACAUACGCCAGAGCUCAGACUGCCGCAGAACGCAGAGCCGGUAGGAUUUUCCUCCUCCUUUUACCGGAACAGCAGAGGGAAGAGAGAGACAGACGUUAUUCAUGGAGGAUCCACUGAGGAGUACCUGACCCAGAAGCUGCCGUGUGUGUGGGUUUGGCACCUGGCUCUCAGAAGCGGUCUUUGGACUCCGCCGCCCGGCCACCUACCCAGCUACUCUUUUGGGACCAUCCCGACUCCCCCUCACUCCUCUCCCUGCCCCCUCACCCCCCUCCUUUCACCCAGCCCUCCCACCCCUCGUCCCGAGGAUAGGAUGCCCGGCUCUGCGCCCCUGUGCUGAGGAGGCGUCGGCGGGCAGCAGUAUGGGCGCUGUACUGGCCGGCAUCCCCACCAUCCCCACCACCACCACCUUCACCACCUUCACCACCGAUCUGCCACCAUUACGCUGCCCCACCAAGACGGGCGCUCCCCCCAGCCCCGCUGAUGGGCGAAGACACUGACGCCACCCCGACGCUCAACCACCGCGGCUUCCUCCCCGACCACAACUAUGUGACUGAAGGGCUGCUCCUGGCUAUAGCCUGAAGAGCUCCGCCCAUCCUGUCCACCCCUCUCCACCCUGGAGUCCUCCCCCAGGAUGUUGAACCCUAUCCAGGUCCUGUGCUCCGACAUCACUACCCUUUCUCUGGAGCCCGAGCCGUUUGCCUCUUACACUGAAGCUGAUAUUAUCUCCACUGUCGAGUUCAACCACACAGGAGAGCUCCUGGCCACAGGGGACAAGGGGGGCCGAGUGGUCAUCUUCCAGAGGGAACCUGAGAGCAAAACCGAACCAUUCUCCCAGGGAGAGUACAAUGUCUACAGCACCUUCCAGAGCCAUGAGCCUGAGUUUGACUACCUUAAGAGUCUGGAGAUCGAGGAGAAGAUCAAUAAGAUCCGAUGGCUGCCUCAGCAGAACGCCGCCCACUUCCUCCUCUCCACCAAUGAUAAGACCAUUAAGUUGUGGAAGGUGAGUGAAAGAGAUAAGCGGCCGGAAGGAUACAACCUGAAGGAUGAGGAGGGCCGCAUCAAAGACAUUUCCACUGUCACUUCACUACAGGUGCCGGUGUUGAAGCCGAUGGACCUGAUGGUGGAGGUGAGCCCGCGGCGGGUGUUUGCCAAUGCCCACACCUACCACGUCAACUCCAUCUCGGUCAACUCCGACUGUGAGACGUACAUGUCAGCCGACGACCUGAGGAUCAACCUCUGGCAUCUGGGCAUCACUGACCGCAGCUUCAACAUCGUGGACAUCAAGCCAGCCAACAUGGAGGAUCUGACAGAAGUGAUCACAGCGGCUGAGUUUCACCCCCACCACUGUAACUUGUUUGUCUACAGCAGCAGCAAGGGCACGCUGCGCCUCUGUGACAUGAGAGAGGCAGCCCUGUGUGACAAGCACUCCAAAUUGUUCGAGGAGCCUGAGGACCCCAACGCCCGCUCCUUCUUCUCUGAGAUCAUCUCCUCGGUGUCGGAUGUCAAAUUCAGCCACAGCGGGCGCUACUUGCUCACCAGAGACUAUCUGACCACCAAAGUGUGGGACCUCAACAUGGAGAGCAAGCCUUUGGAGACAUACCAGGUUCAUGAUUACCUCCGCAGCAAGCUGUGCUCCCUUUAUGAAAAUGACUGCAUCUUCGACAAGUUCGAGUGUGCCUGGAACGGCUCAGACAGUGUGAUCAUGACGGGCGCCUAUAACAACUUCUUCCGCAUGUUCGACCGGAACACCAAGCGUGACGUGACCCUGGAGGCGUCCCGGGAGAGCAGCAAACCCCGGGCCGUCUUGAAGCCACGGAGGGUCUGCGCCGCCGGUGGAAAGCGCCGGAAGGAUGACAUCAGCGUGGACAGCCUGGACUUCACCAAGAAGAUCCUCCACACGGCCUGGCACCCGACGGAGAACAUCAUCGCCAUCGCCGCCACCAACAACCUCUACAUCUUCCAGGACAAGCUCAACUCCGAGAUGCACUGAGUGAUCGCACGGCGGUGGAUACGUGUAAGAGUUUACACCCAUAUACACACCUAUGCCAGAAUGUACACACACAGACAGGCCUGUACACACACUUUCACAUGAACGGAAAAUAUUUCAGAACAGGAACGGAGACACACACACACUCAAGAUCAUUGAACACACACACACAUGCAGGCCUACUCUUUCACAUGCUCCCACACUACUUCUCCAGCUUCCCAGAACUGAAAGGACCCGCUCCAGGGCUAGAGAGGGAAUGGGCUGGAUUACGCAAUGGAUUAUGUAUUGCAAAAUGUUCUAAACCGUGGAUUUCCUGAUUGUUGACCUCUGGAUUUUGGCUGAUGGUGUUCUGACUGCUACAGGUCAGUCGUAGAGGAGCAUGAACCCCACACCCCAGACAGGAAAGAUGUUUCGAUGUUUCUGUCUCUUUUUCUGUUCAUUUGCUUUUUCCUCCACCUCCUCCUCCUCCUCCUCUCUCUGUAUUUGGCUGUGUCUGCACUCGAAGAAAACCUAUUCCUGUUCCUUGCCCACUGUUUGAUUUGUGUAACAAAAGCCUUUGUGGUUGUCAACCAGCAGCAGUGAUGAAAAAUGGGGCGUUUAUGUAACUCGCUGUUUUGUUUGAUUACUAGUUCAACUACCCCCACUCCUAUUUUUUGUAAAUUCCCAUUAAAAAUGAUGUUGAUGAUGGUGAUUUUGAUGGAUGUGAUGAUAAUGACCGUGACAAUUAAUGAUAUGUGAUGUGCAAAGAUGAACUUGGGAUGCUGCCCCCCCUCCAACCCCCCCAGGUGCACCCAGACGCCUCUGAGCUCUCCCUGUAAGUCAGGAGAGAGCAACAAUGUACAACAGGGCUGUGUUCAGUGAGGUCAAACAUUUACAAUGUUCCAGAAACAGAAUCCAGCAGAUUACACUAUGGCCUGUUAUGUGGGCACACACUUAUAUCCGUUCCACACAGUGUGUUUCAGUCUCAACAUUGUGUAAUGUUUCCUUUGCUGAAAAGGGCCCCUUCACCUCCUCCGUUUGAUUGUGAAUUACGCUUCGGAAUUGGGGCUGCGUCAUGUGCUACUUUGCUGUUGAACACAACAUGAGCAAAAAAGAAAAAAAAAGAAAAAAAAAAGAAAAGGAAAAAAGAAAGAAACUAAAUAAUUCCAACAAUCAAGCAAAAAGAUGCUGCAUGUCAAACAGAUUUAGCCUAUGUGUUUAUAAAUUGACUGACUGACUGACUUGGCUGCCUUCUUAACCAUUUAGACCCAGCUGUACAAAGGCUUCAGGGGCCCCGGGGCCCCGUGCAGCACUAGUAACCAUAGAUGACCGAGCUCUCCUACCUUUCUUUGUGUCUCAGGACACUGAAGCAUGUUUACCAGUGUUCGGUUCAUACACUUACAUGUACAUUUUGAAUGAAGCCGCCGAGAAAUCAGUUUCUACGCUAUGAAGCUGAGAACCAAGAGGAAUGGGGAAUGUUUUCUGAUUAAUGUUGUAUUGUAAAAGAAAAAAAAUACUUCAAAGGGCCUAAAUGGUGUCUGUAUAUACCAACUCUCUUUUUGACAUGUAUGAGGAUUUUGUUUCUUUAUGAUGACCACCCAUUAAUUAAUGGACUGUGGACCCAAUCGUCUCUAUCGAUGAUUGCUUCCAGGGCAAUGGCAGAGAGAGAUAGUUCGUUAAUCUCUUUAGCCUUCCUCACUGAUUACUUUGAUGUGCAGAAUCUCUUUCUUUUAUUUUUAGAAGACAGUUUAUUCUUUUAUUUAUCCUAUUUUUGGAACAUCUGUCAGUUGAUUCCACGUCCUGACCAAGCUAAUGUUGAUUCACAUAUUUUUGUGUUAAUGUAUUUUGAUGAAAAAAUUGUCAAAUGGACAGUUAUAAAUAAUGUUAAUAUGUUUUUUUCUGAAUAAAGAUUUCAACGAAAUUGCAUCCAA